AUGAUCAUAAUAUUUGUGCACAUCAGGCCGCCGCCACCACUGGAUGGCCAGGCCGCCUCCCAGUGCCCGUCGCCACCUAGUGCCUCUCACUACCGGUGGUCAUCUCUUACGCAUGCUCAUCCGCCGGUUCACCAAAGGAGAGUGGUCUCCUCCUUCGAUCUCCAGGCGGAUGGCGAUGGGGAGCACCACCACCGCUGCCACCAGUGCACGCCGCCACCGCCAGUGCGCACCGCCGCCUCUUGCAACCAUAGCCGCCGCUUCCUACGGCCACCACGACCACCACUAGUGCACGCCGCCGUCGCCAGUGUGCAUCGCCGCCUCCUACAACCAUCGCUGCCACCAGUGCGCGCCGCAGCCUCCUGCGACAAUCACCGACGCUUCCUACAACCACCACCGCUGUCACCAGUGCAAGUCACCGCCGCCAAUGCACGUCGCCACCUCCUACGACCAUCACCAUCACCUCCAGUGGUCGUUGCCUCCAACGGCCGGUGCCGCCCGUACUAUUUGUCUACACUGGCCUUCGAGCCAAGAUGGUGUUCGGUCGACGAGCUGAAGUAG